AUGGGCCUGCUCGAAUACCUCAGCGGAGGGGCGCGCCCCGCCGCCGCAAGCGACGAUAACGCACCGACUUCUUCUUCUCUUGACAGCGACAGCGACAGCACCAUGACUUCUUCCUUUGAUAGCGUCACCCAAUAUCUUGAGGAUCGCGACGACCCGACCAUACAGCAGCAUUCCCCACUGCUCAACCUCCCCCGCGAAGUCCUCCAACAAGUCCUUUCCGCGUACGGCGCGACUGCUACACACUGCGUGCACGAUGAUGAUCUGUUGUGGGCGGCUCUCUUGCGGGAGCAACUCCCGCCAGAGUCGUCGCACGACGUGCCCUCUGGCUCCGGCUCCCCGUACCCAGCGCCGACGUAUAGAGAACUCUACAUCUCCCACCACCCCUACUGGUUCGUGCCCCGCCGCAAAAUCUGGGUCAGCGACGACCCCUACAUGGGCAAAGUCAUGAUCGCGCGCUUCGAUCCCCGUCGCGGGUGUAUCGAGGGGUACCGGCUGAUCGCGGAGCGCGGGGCCGGGAAGACGAUGGCUUGGAGACGGAACUUGGGUGUUAGGAUAGAUACGUUCCGGCCGAGGGUGCGGCUGUGGCUGGACGAUCCGGUGUUGAAGUUGCCGUAUGCUCAGUAUGAUGAGGGGAGGAGCAGUGUGGGGAUGCAGAGGCAGGGGUGGUGGGAGGGGGAGAUGAAGAUGAGUGUGGGGAGGCCGGGACAUAACACGAGUGCGAGUUUCUUUUUGGCGAGGGAUGUUAAGGUGGAUGGGUAUUCGGGGAUGGAGGUGUGGCCGCCGCGGACGAUUCCGGGGAUGAAGAGGGUCAGGGCGGGGAGUAGUGGGAAUGGGUUUAGGGGGAAGGAGCACAGGCCGCAGCGGUACGAGGAGAUCAGUCAGACGAGUUUUAGGAUGAGGCAUUGGGUGCAAUUUGCGGCGGGGCGGACGAGGUUUGGGGUCAGGAUGGAGGAGGAGGUUAGUACGUGGAGUACGCUGGAUGAGGGGUUGUAUAGGCCGAGUAAGGAGAAGCCGUAUCAGGGGAUCUUUGUGGGGGAUUAUGCGGGUCAUGGGUGUGAGUUUCUGUUGGUGAUGCAGACGGAGCGGGCGCCGAGGCCGCCGGAGAGGAGAGGGAUUAGUAUUCUGGGGGAGAGGGGUCUGUGGGAAGGUGAUGUGGAGGGAUAUUUAGAUGAGGAGUCGGGGCUGGCGGCUGGGACGACGGCGUUGACGGCGCUAGAGGAGACGGAGGUCCUUUCGAAGGAGGCUGUCAAGUUGACGGGUGAUCCAAAUGUGCCGAGAGGCGAGCAUACGUUUAUUUCGGAUGAUAUUGGGCAGAAAGGCUUUGUGAGAAUCGCUACAGAGGAGCCGUUCAGGGGAGCGAGAGUUGUUAGGUCGAGGGGGCAUGUUGCGGCGCGGGGGUUUGUGCAUGAUGAGUUCAUACCUUCACAACUUUUCAUGAUCAACCAUGAUCGGCUGGCGCAGUAUUGGCUACCGUUUGGACAUAUUUCGUACUAUCAGCGGGUCGAUAUUGAUGAGGUCGUUGAUCAAGCGUUUCAUGGGUCGAGAGCGGCUGGGUUUGAGGAGGACUAUGAGAUGAAGGUCUGA